GAAGCACUUAAAACGAAAUCGAACUGAUGAUAACAGAAUAAAGAGUUAAAUUUGAAAUAUUUCGAUCAUUCGAGGAUAGCCGUUUCCGAGAAAACCAUGAAGUCAAUCGCAACAAUUUGUGUCUUAUUAAUUUGUGCUACGCAUAUCGAUGCAAUCAUAAAUGGAUAUUCAGCGCCACAAUCACCUCACCAUGUCUACAUAUUUUCAAUGCUGGAAACCAAUGUUGGAAUAGCUGGUGGCGGUACUUUAAUUUCGUCCAUUCACGUCCUUACGGCCGGCAAUUUAGUCCACAACUUUGUGGAAUGGAGAUGUCGUCUAGGAAGUCAACUAUUCAUCCAAACAAGACAAAUCGUGAGUGUUGUGGGCCUAGCUCAUCCCAAUUACACACCACAACCGAGAAACAAUGACAUUGGAAUAGUAACGCUUCCAGCGAACAGCAUUCUCUCGUUUUCUGUCGAUAUAUCCCCAAUUGCUUUGCCACCAUUAAACUGGCUUCAAACGUUACCUUUUGAAAAUGAACAAGGUUCGAUGAUUGGCUUUGGUGGAUCUUCAGCUACCUCAGUUUCUGUCGAACGACUGCAACGAGGCCACCAAAGAGUCACAGAAGGAGCUAGAUGCACCGCUUUCUUUGGAGUCAACAGUAACAACUUUUUCUGCGGCGAGGAUCCAAUUUAUCAAUCGAAUAUUUGCAAUCAAGAUAUUGGCGGUGGCUUUAGUGUUUCGUUCAACGGUGUCGACACUUUAGUCGGAAUUAGCGCUCUGGUAAUUGAGGCGUGCAAUGGAACAUGGCCGUCGGCUUAUACAAGAGUUCAGCCAUAUAGAGAGUGGAUUCGAUCAGUAACGUCUGUGUAAACUUAGCGGAAAAUAAAAUAAAGAAAUACCUUU